UGAACAGAAAAUUAAAGUACUCGACGAUCUUUUGCAGCGCGGAACCUAAUUCUCAAAUUUUUCUACGAAAAUUUUCAAGGUUUUCUUAAAAAUCUAGGGUUUCGAGGUUCCUUCAAUCUCCUCUUUCAAUGGCUUCUAGCUCUCAUAGAGGCGGUGAUUUCUACGGUGCUGCUUCCCACAGAUCCAGAGAUGGAUUGAGUACGAGGCAAGUAGGAGGUUCAGAUGAAAUACAGUUGCGGAUUGAUCCGAUGCACGGAGACCUAGAUGACGAGAUCACAGGUCUCCGCAAGCAAGUAAAACAGCUCAGAAAUGUAGCACAAGAAAUUGAGUCGGAAGCAAAGUAUCAGAAUGAUUUUAUUAACCAGCUGCAAAUGACAUUGAUCAAAGCUCAAGCAGGAGUAAAGAACAACAUGAGACGGUUGAACAGGAGUAUCAUCCAGGAAGGAUCAAACCAUGUGAUGCAUGUGGUUCUUUUUGCACUAUUUUGCUUCUUUGUGAUAUAUUGGUUGGCCAAGUUUUCACGUAGAUAAGGGCAAGCCUAUCUUUCUAUGCUGGUUUGCUGUUCCUGGCACAAGUUCUGAUGAAGACGCUCAAUCUAUUCAAGCCAUCAAACAAAUGCUAAGCAGUGGCAGAUUUUUAGUGAUUUGGGAAGCAAGGAUGCAACUGUAGAAACUCCAAAUAUUAGUCUUAUGUAAAGCUUCCUAAUCUGUAGAAGCACUGCGGGUUGCUAUUAGAUUAUCCUUUUUGUUUUCAUUUUAUUUUUCUUUGUAAUACUUGCUAUAUGACAUUGACCUGUGUACUUAUUUAAGAAAAAUGUGAUUAUGGUGCAAUGGAAGAUGUUAAAUAA